UACAUAUAUCUGUAAAUGCAAACAACAAAUUUAGACUCCACGUUCUAGUUCUAGACUGUUGUAAAGAACCUGCUCCUCUUGAAUGAAGACCUGAACUUUCAAUGAUCUUUCUGCUUCUACAAUGAAAAGCGUAUGUAUUGGCCUGUUCCUUGGUGCCAGCAGUGUCCCAUUUCACAGCAGAAGCUUUUCGGACCAUUUAACUAGAAAGAGCAUUGGAAAGCAACUUCAAUUCCACUCUCAUUUCCUUGUUUUCUCUUCACACUCAGGUUCUGCUACUAUAUCAGCAACUGAAGAAGUAGUAGAGAAGCCUAUAUUUGAUGGACACAAGGCUGCUUUGCUUGUUAAGGAUCUUAGGAAGAGCUUUGAUUCAGGCAAGACAAAAAGCUAUGAAUGGCGGAUUUCCCAGUUGAAGGGCAUAGCUAAGAUGCUAGAAGAGCGGGAGAAGGACAUCAUUGCAGCACUUGAUAAGGACCUUUCUAAACCUGGAUUUGAAGCAUUUCUAUCUGAGGUGUCUCAAACAAAAUCCUCUUGUAGUGAAGCACUUAAAGAACUGAGUCAUUGGAUGAAACCUGAAAAGGUAAAAACUUCAAUUACAACAUAUCCAUCAUCAGCAGAGAUUGUGUCAGAACCACUGGGAGUUGUGUUGGUCAUCUCAACAUGGAACUUUCCUUUCUUAUUAUCACUUGAUCCAGUCAUCGGAGCAAUUUCGGCGGGUAAUGCAGUGGUUCUUAAACCAUCAGAAAUUGCUCCAGCAACAUCAUCACUGCUUGCAAAUUUGCUCAAAGAUUAUCUAGACAACUCUGCCAUAAGAGUUAUUGAAGGGGCUGUUCCUGAAACAACAGCACUCUUGGAGCAGAAGUGGGAUAAGAUACUGUACACAGGUAGUGCUAGAGUAGGUCGCAUUGUCAUGGCUGCUGCUGCAAAACAUCUUACUCCAGUAAUUCUUGAACUUGGAGGAAAGUGCCCAGCUGUUAUCGAUUCAAAUGUCAAUUUACUGGUUGCUGCUAGGAGGAUAAUAGCUGGAAAGUGGGCAUGCAAUAGUGGACAAGCAUGCAUUUCUGUUGAUUAUAUCAUCACAAAGAAAGAAUUUGCACCAACACUUAUAAAUGCUCUGAAAGAGGAACUGGAGCAAUUUUUUGGAAAAGAUCCAUUGGAAUCAAAAGACAUGUCACGUAUUGUGUCUCCAUCCCAAUUUGCAAGGCUUGUGAAGCUCUUAGAUGAGGAUAAGGUAUCAGACAAAAUUGUUUUAGGAGGUCAGAAGGAUGAGAAGCAAUUAAAGAUUGCUCCAACCAUCAUAUUGGAUGCUCCUGACGAUUCUAUGGUAAUGCAAGAGGAGAUAUUUGGACCAAUAAUGCCAAUUAUCACUGUUGACAACAUUGAAGAUAGCUUCAGCAUAAUCAAAUCAAAGCCAAAACCUCUUGCUGCUUAUCUCUUCACAAACAAUGAGCAGUUGAAAAAGGAUUAUGUGGAAAACAUAUCUUCUGGAGGGAUGCUCAUAAAUGACACUAUCUUACAUGUUGCAACUCCUGGUCUUCCAUUUGGAGGAGUUGAAGAGAGUGGAAUGGGGUCUUACCAUGGAAAAUUCUCCUUUGAUGGUUUCAGUCAUAAGAAGUCAGUCCUGUAUAGAAGUUUUGAUGCAGACUCAUCCCUGAGGUACCCACCAUAUACACCUGAAAAGCAAAGAUUGUUGAAGGCCCUUAUCAGUGGCAAUAUUGUCCGCAUAAUUCUUACUUUGAUCGGAUGGUCCAAAGAAUAAUGCAUAAGGAAAAUGUCGUUCAAACUUCUGCCCAAUGUAGGAUAUAUAAUUGAAUCCGUUUUUCAAUUUUUUUAGCUAGAUUAUAAUUUUUUUUUUACUUUGAUUGGAUAGUUGAAUCCCUUUUUCAAUUUUUUUGGUUAGACUAGAAUGGAUUUUUUUUUUGUAUUUUUUCAAUUGUACACUCCAUCCAAAAUGUUGAAUGAGAUUUCAACAACAAAUAUUUUGCUGCA